CCAAACAUCUGAAUUCACCUGCAAACCGACGCAGCAGAGCAGAGGGCAUCAAAUGGAGGAUCAGUCUGCCAGUGAACCUGCCAGCUUUGUGCUGGCGGACUACGCUGUCUUUGCCACCAUGUUGCUCAUCUCUAUGGCCAUAGGUCUCUUUCAGGCCUUGAGGAAGAGGUCAACAAGUGCUGAUGAGUUCUUCACCGGGGGUCGGAGUAUGCCAGCCGUGCCAGUGGGGCUGUCACUCUGCGCCAGUUUUAUGUCAGCGGUCCAGGUCCUGGGUGUCCCUGCCGAGGCGUCCCGCUAUGGCUUCAAGUUCCUCUACAUGUGCCUCGGACAAAGCAUCAACUCCCUGCUGACGGCGUACCUCUUCCUGCCCGUUUUCUUUCGACUGGGCAUCACCAGCACCAAUCAGUAUCUGAAGAUGAGAUUUGGCAGAGGGAUGCAGCUGUUGGGAAGCAUCCAGUUUCUCAUUGCGACGCUACUUUACACUGGGAUCGUCAUCUAUGCACCCGCCUUGAUCCUCAACCAAGCUACUGGAUUCAAUAUGUGGGCAUCUCUCUUUUCGACUGGGAUCAUUUGCACCCUGUACACCACAAUGGGUGGGAUUAAAGCUGUGAUCUGGACUGACGUCUUCCAGAUCAUUGUCAUGUUGUCCGGCUUUGUGGCCAUUUUUAUCUACGGCACAGUUCUGGUUGGUGGGCCUGCAGUGGUGCUGGAGAUCGCCAGGAAUGGCUCACGCAUCAAUUUCAACAGCUUUGAUGUGGACCUGCGGCAGCGCUAUUCCUUCUGGAGCCUCUCUGUUGGUGGUGCAAUGGUUUGGCUGUCCAUGUACGGAGUAAACCAAGCUCAAGUGCAGCGUUACAUCUCCUGCAGGACAGAGAGGGACGCCCAGUGGGCACUGUUUGUGAACCAAGUGGGUCUGUUCCUCGUGGUGGGCAGUGCAGCGACCUGUGGCAUCGUCAUGUUUACAUAUUACGUCCACUGUGAUCCACUGACGUCCGGGAAAAUAUCUUCUCCUGAUCUGUACAUGCCGUACUUUGUAUUGGACAUAUUCAGAAAUUAUCCAGGCUUCCCGGGUCUCUUCCUUGCCAGUGCAUACAGCGGAACUCUAAGCACAGUUUCCACCAGUAUCAACGCCAUGGCAGCGGUGACAAUGGAGGAUCUGCUGCGACCUCAUCUUGUCAACGUCAGCCAGAGGAAACAGAUUCUGAUUUCCAAAGGACUGUCUUUCUUGUAUGGAGCUGGUUGUAUCACUGUGGCGGCUCUCUCCUCCCUGCUGGACUGGGGAGUACUGCAGGGAUCAUUUACCAUCAUGGGUGUGGUCAGCGGGCCCUUACUAGGUGUAUUCAUUUUGGGGAUGUUUGUUCCGGCAACCAACCGGCUGGGGGCAUUCGCAGGAAUGAUAUCGGGCUUCUGCGUCUCUCUGUGGCUGGCUGUUGGUUCAACUCUUUACCCCCCGAGUGAAGAGACGAUGGGUGUCUUGCCAAGCUUCACCGCCGAGUGCCCACGUGUCAACGUCACCCUGAACAGCAGCCCCAACCAGGACCAGCACUCAAUCUUCAUACCACUGCAGCCGGAUGAUCAGGGGGGCCUGCUUAACUUCUACUCCAUGUCCUACCUCUACUUUGGUGCUAUGGCGACGAGUUCGGUUAUUCUAGUCGGGCUGAUAGUGAGUUAUGCAACAGGAGCGACACAGAGGAGUGAUAUUCAAGAGGGUUUAGUGUGGUGGGACCUGAAUAAAAAGCAAGUGGAGCUUCACUCAGAGCAAAGGACUGGAACAAUGUCCAGAGUGUGUCCCUGUCUUCUUCACGAUGCAUCUUCGGACAUGCUUAUGACGUCUGUGAGCCUGAACAAGGAUAACAGGGGCGACAAAGCAGCUGAACCACAGCUCGUGCCUUUGAGGAACCUGCGCAAAGACGAUGCAAAUGAAAAAGAACUGACCGAUCAGGGGAAUUAUACUUCAUUACUUAUAGCAUAAAUGUAUGAAGAUGAUUGAAUCUAAGUAGUGGUAUUUCCUCGCCAGAAGCAGUAAUCAUUUCUUGAAAUUGUCUUUUUUUCUGCUCUGAAUCUUUUUGAAGGUAUGACAUCUGCCCCGUGUUCUGAGCUAUUUAAUUAUUGUGCCGAGGAACAUAUCGACUGUAAUCCAAUAUCCUCAGGUGUUGUUUAAAUUCCUUGUUGAAAGUGUCUUUCAUCAGGACGUUCAUUCAGGAAUGCUCAAUAUCUUGCUUGGUUACUGGAUAUGUGACAGUCUGAGGUAAACAGAGUCUGGUUUUUGAACAGACCACAGACUGAAAAUAAAGAUGGACGACGUGUCCCCACUUCCUCCCACUGUCCCGAUAUUAAGCCGAAAUAGCUCAGAGACGAACACCAUCAUUUUGUGCAUUAGUAGCCAGAGUUUGUGCUGUAGCGAUGACGGGAUAUAGCAGCAGUAGCAAGGUCCUGCUGAUACCCACACUCAACUAUUUUAGUCUUAUCUGUCACUAAUUUAACAAAUUCCUAAUUGACAAAUCCACACUUGACUCAGAUCAGUGUGACAAGAACUAUCUGAAAUGACACAAACUUCCAAAAAAUGUAUUAGACCUUUUGUUUGGUCUAUGUCCCAUCCAUUAACAUGGAAAAGGCAGGGUUUAUCACCUAUACUGCGACCAACCACCAGGUGGCGAUUGAGAUGCUCUGGCUUCAUUUUUGGGCGGCUGACAUGUCAUCCAUCUGUGACGACCCUCCACUCCACUAGGUGUCUUCUCUCUUUCAGGUGUCCUGGUGGAGUGAUGGGUCGUCAGGCCUGAUGAGCCACACCUGUGCCCGGUCUGGUUAUAUCAAGACGACUCUUCCAGUCUGGGGGGAAUCCCUUCCCGGUUGCAGACGGCUGUUUUUCACUUGGUUAUUGACUUUGGCUAUUGUUAACUUAGUGUUAUAAUAAAUAAUUGUUAUUUUGUUCAUCCCUCGUUCUUCUCCUUGGUUUGUUGACAAAGCUCAGAGUCAGGCUGCGUCACACAUCUUUAUAUAAAUAUUUAUUGUGAUU